GUAUGGGGCUUCCCGCACGAAACACAUGGCUUUCUCUUCCGGUCUGCAUUCAACAUGACCAAAAAAAGGCGUAAUAACGGACGCAGCAAGAAAGGCAGGGGCCACACCAACCCUGUUCGCUGCACCAACUGUGCCCGCUGUGUGCCCAAAGACAAGGCCAUCAAGAAGUUUGUGAUUAGAAACAUAGUGGAGGCAGCAGCUGUCCGUGAUAUUACUGAUGCCAGUGUAUAUGAAGUGUAUCCCCUGCCUAAGCUGUACGCCAAGCUUCACUACUGUGUUAGCUGUGCUAUUCACUCUAAGGUAGUGAGGAACAGAUCCAGGGAGGCUAGGAAAGACAGAACACCUCCACCAAGGUUCAGGCCUGGCAUGAGAGUUUGAUCAG